AACCGCCAUAGCCGAGAGAAGAAGAAGAAGAAGAAGAAGAAGAAGAAGAAGAAGAAGAAGAAGAAGAAGAAGAAAGAAGAAUUUUUUCAUCUUCUCCAGAUGACGAGACCUCCCUUUUCUCAUCUCUUUUUGGGGAACACAGUUUCCUUCUUUCUCCUCCUCCUCUGCACCAGCCAUGCCGAUUCCCAGCUCUACGACCAAGAACACUCUGUUCUUCUCCGAUUGAACCACUUCUGGCAAAACCCACCGCCGAUCAGCCAAUGGCAGACCUCAAACGUUUCUCACUGUUCAUGGCCGGAGAUUGAAUGCUCCAACAACUCUGUCACUGAUCUGCUUUUCGUCAACUACAAUAUCACCGGAACCCUACCGCCUUUCAUCUGCGAUCUCAAGAAUCUCACCCUGCUUAAUCUUCAGCUCAAUUUUAUCCCCGGUGGCUUUCCGACGGUUCUUUACAACUGUUCGAAGCUUAAUUACCUAGAUCUCUCGAUGAAUUACUUCGUUGGGCCGAUUCCCAACGAUGUUGACCGCCUGUCUCGGCUCCAGUUUCUUAGUCUCGCCGGCAACAACUUCUCCGGCGACAUUCCGGCAUCCAUUGGUCGGCUGUCGGAACUCCGCUCCCUUUACCUACACAUGAAUCAGUUCAACGGCAGUUACCCCUCUGAAAUCGGUAACUUAUCCAAUCUGGAAGAAUUGCUGAUGUCUUACCUUAAAAAUCUGAUACCGGCAGAAUUGCCUUCCAGUUUUGCGCAAUUGAAGAAAUUGAAGUACAUAUGGAUGACAGAGUCGAACGUAAUCGGUGAAUUUCCGGAAUGGAUCGGUAAUUGGACCGCUCUCGAGAUUUUGAAUUUGUCGAAGAACAGAUUGGUUGGGAAAAUCCCCAGCAGUUUGUUUGCAUUGAAGAAUCUCUCUCAGGUUUUUCUGUUCCGGAACAAUAUAUCCGGAGAAAUUCCUCAGCGGAUUGAAUCUGAAAAACUCAUCGAAUUCGACCUAUCGGAGAAUAAUUUGACCGGAAAAAUACCGGAGGAUAUCGGUAAUCUUCAGCAAUUGGAGGCUCUGAUUCUGUUUUCAAAUCACUUAUCUGGAGAAAUCCCAGAAAACAUCGGCCGUCUUCCAUUUUUGACAGACAUCAGAUUGUUCAACAACAAUUUAACCGGAACACUGCCUCCAGAUCUCGGCCGGUAUUCGAUUCUCGAAAGUUUUCAGGUGAGCUGGAAUAAGCUCACCGGAAGCUUGCCGGUGCACUUGUGCUCCGGCCGAAAGCUUCUGGGACUGACUGCUGCCGAGAAUAAUCUUAGUGGGGAAUUACCUGAAUCGCUCGGUAAUUGCAAUAGCAUGAAGAUUAUUGAUGUUCAUAAAAACAACUUAUCUGGGGUUAUUCCGGCGGGUUUAUGGAUGUCCCUCAAUUUGACUUAUGUAACAUUGAGCGACAAUUCUUUCACCGGCGAACUCCCUGAGAAAGUCUCGGCGAACCUUUGGAGAUUCGAAAUCAGUAACAACAAAUUUUCCGGGAAAAUCCCGUCUGGGAUAUUUUCGUGCUGGAAUUUGACGGUGUUUGAAGCAAGCAAUAAUUUGCUCACAGGACAAAUUCCCGAAGAACUCGCUGCUCUUUCAAAGUUGAUCAAAAUUUCGCUCGACGGAAAUCAACUCGUCGGAGAUAUUCCACGGAAAAUCAUCUCAUGGAAAUCGUUGACUAAUCUAAACCUCAGUCAUAAUCGUCUUUCCGGCGAAAUCCCCGUCGAACUUGGUCGUUUACCAAGCCUCACCGAUCUUGACCUUUCAGAUAAUCAACUUUCCGGGACGGUUCCGCCUCAACUGGGAAAUCUAGAGCUGAAUUUUCUAAACCUCUCUUCGAAUUUUCUGUCCGGGAAAAUCCCAAUUUCACUUGAAAGCGCUAUCUAUGCAAGAAGCUUUUUGAACAAUCCGAGUCUCUGUUCCAAUAAUGCAGUUCUGAAUCUCGACGGCUGCAGUUUCAGGCAACAGAAUUCGAGAAAGGUUUCAUCACGACAUCUUGCUCUGAUUGUGAGCUUGGGCGCGAUACUGUUCAUACUGUUCGUACUUUCUUCUCUCUACAUAAUCAAAAUUUACAGGAAGACUAAAAACAGAGCAGAUGUGGAAUGGAAGCUGACCUCAUUCCAGAGGCUGAAUUUCUCGGAGGCAAAACUUUUAUCUGGGCUAACGGAAAACAACAUGGUCGGAAGCGGUGGAUCCGGGAAAGUUUACCGGAUUCCGGUGAACAAUUUUGGCGAUACAGUGGCGGUGAAAAGGAUAUGGAACAACAGAAAGUCAGAUCACAAGCUCGAGAAAGAAUUCAUGGCGGAAGUCAAGAUUCUCAGUUCAAUUCGACAUAACAACGUAAUCAAACUCCUCUGCUGCGUUUCUUCUGAAAGUUCACGGCUUCUGGUUUACGAGUACAUGGAGGGACAGAGCCUGGACAAAUGGCUACACAAGAAGAACACGCCGCCGAGAAUUCCCGGGUCGGACUCUGUUUCCGGCGUGGCCCUUGAUUGGCCGACGAGAUUUCAAAUUGCAGUUGGGGCGGCGCAGGGCCUCUGCUAUAUGCACCAUGAUUGCUCACCCCCAGUUAUUCACAGAGAUUUGAAGUCCAGCAAUAUCUUGCUUGAUUCAGAGUUCAACGCCAAAAUUGCAGAUUUUGGGUUGGCCAAGUUGCUGGUGAAGCAAGGGGAACCGGCUUCGGUCUCGGCUGUCGCUGGCUCUUUCGGAUACAUAGCUCCAGAGUAUGCUCAGACACCGAGAAUUAACGAGAUGAUCGACGUGUUUAGCUUUGGGGUUAUUCUUCUAGAGUUGGCGACCGGAAAGGAUGCUCUCAACGGCGAUGAAGACUCGUCUCUGGCCGAGUGGGCGUGGGGUUACAUUCGAGAAGGCAAGCCCUUGGCCAAUGCGUUGGAUGAGGAUGUGAAGGAGCCACUCUAUGUUGAUGAAAUGUGCAGUGUUUUCAAACUGGGAGUGAUCUGCACUUCCACAUCGCCGUCCGUUCGGCCCACCAUGAACCAGGCUCUGGAAAUCUUGAUCCGCAGCCGGACCUCAGCACCCGAAACCCAAAGCCACGGACAUAAAAAAUCCUAACACCUGAAAGAGCAAGCCGAGACACAGUAGUUGAAAAUCGAACCAUAUGAUUGAGGUUCUCUCCAAUGGUCGGGACUGGAGAGGACCCUGAACUCUGGCCAGUUCUGCAAAUUCAGAGCAGAAAUGGCCAUGGAGUUGGCAGGUCGCCUUGGUUUGGUUCGUUUAUAGAUCUUGAAUAACAAUCGCCCAUCAUGUCAUCUGUAAUUGUAUUUAAGCUCAAACUAGAGCAUUUUCGGUUACUCGCUCAAAAACUGUGGCUUUCACGUGAGAGCUUUCACGUGAAAGAACCGUACUUUCGAGUAAAUAAGCCUUGUACUUUCAAGUAAAUAAGCAUUGAACAGCGAUAUACGAUGAACAAAGGGAAAA